AUGCCAAAUGUUGUAACAUUCUUUGAUAAACCUGCAACCUUUAGGGAUCGAGAGAACAAUGUUGGUCUAAUUUCGUGCCGUGUGUGCAUGGAGGAUUUUCAGACACCGAUCAACUAUCUAUCAGAGCCUAUCGAUGUCUAUUCAGAUUGGAUUGACGCUUGUGAAUCUGCCAACGCGUGA